UUUAACAUCCAAAAGCACUGGAUAGAUCUUCCUACUUGGGCUUGCUCUUUCUCCCUGCAUUCUCGUCUCCUGCUUAGCCCUAAUCACCUCACCUCAGCCCCACUGAGCAAAACCAGGAGAACCAGUGUCUUGGACACAAUCACAGCGACUGCAUGAUCAAGGACGGAAAAGAUAUCAAUAAUCUACACCUACAUUUAUAAAUCUGCUAAACUGGCUCUGUCCCCAUGCACAGACACAGUCUGGAGACAAACAAGACAGUCUGCUGGAAUUAUGGGCAGAGCUCAGAAAACUGCUCCAGGGCAGCACAGACACUGUGAGAAAUGUUUCAACCGACAAUGCCAAGUCCCAGUUGAGCUCACUGUCUCCUGCUUAGUGAUCAAUUGCCAUUCUCGCUGUGGGGCUGCCUUUCACAUGUGUAAACAGGAAGAACACCAACUCCUAUGUCCCCUAGAGCAGGUCCCAUGCCUCAACUCAGCUUAUGGCUGCCCUUCCUCCAUGGCCCGCUUUAAGCUGGCAAAGCAUCUUCAGGUUUGUCCAGCCAGUGUGGUCCACUGCUCUAUGGAAUGGAAUCGGUGGCCAAAUGUAGACUCAGAAACCAUUCUACAUAAGAACAUUAUGAAGCAUCCACAUAAUGAGCAGAGUCUAGAUACUGCUCUGGCCCUCAGAGAUCAGAAGAUUCUUUUUAGGACUCUGAAAAUGGCUGAGCUGUUUCCAGAAUGGAGAGAAGAUGAUGAAAUGGAAGAACCUGGAGCUGCAGGUUUGGAUGAAGGAGCUGUUGGAGGAAUAACAGGUGAUUCUAGAGAAGCUGAUGGCCAAGUGGCUGAGCUUACCCAGCAGGAGCGUGAGAACUUGGCAAAGGAUAAGGAGGGGAUGGAUCUAGCAAGUUACAAAACCUGGGAGAACAUGUUUAGCAAAGAGCUUUCAGCAUUGAAGGCAACAGGAUUGUCAGCAAAUUCAGAAAAAAAGGAGGGUGAUAGCUACAAGAAAACAGGACAGACUCUUUGUGGUGGCAACCCCACAGAGAAGACAAAGGAAGCAGCUAUUGUGGAAGACCCAAAAGAAAGCAAAAAUAAUCAAGUGAUGGCUGGUGCAGAAAAGACAGGCCUAGCUCCUUGGCAAGACGGGAUCCUGGAGAGGUUGAAAAAAGAAGUUAACAUAGGGGAUUAUAACAUGUACCUGGUGCAUCAUGGGAGAAUGCUCAUUCAUUUUGGUCAGCUAGCUGCUUGCACACCAAGAGAGAAAGACUUUGUGUAUGGGAACCUGGAGGCUCAUGAGGUGAAGACUGUCUGCACCUUCAAAGUGCCAGUUAGCUAUCAUGGCAAAAGAGCACGACUUGCAGACACCCAGGCAUACAAGGUAGUAACCAUGGAUAAGUCAGUGGAUACCUCAGACUUGCAGAUGAGCCUGGAGGAAUGUCCUCAGCUAGAUAUAGCCAGAACUACACUGCUGUGUGCAUUGGAAAAGGAACUGAAAGGUCAUGAGAUCUCAGAAGCAAAGAAUAUUGAUGGACUGUUCAUGGAUUUUGGGACACAGACAUACAACUUUCAGGUGGAACCCUUCUCCUCUAGAGAUGUCCUAGCAGAUGUUCUGGAUAUAAAAAGCUCACCGGGACUCCAUGUAGAGCUGCACACUGAGUGUGUGACUAGAAGACAUAACAAAAGCUGCUCAGCCUUCACAUUCACUUGCAAUCACUUCUUCAGAAGGGAUGAGUUUCCUUCACAUUUCAAGAACGUCCAUACUGAUAUCCAGUCCUGCUUAAACGGAUGGUUCCAACAACGCUGUCCACUUGCCUACUUAGGAUGUACCUUUGUUCAAAACCGCUUCUAUCCUGCCACUCAGAAAGCAACGUUUAUCUACAGCCAGCAUCUUGAUACGUUAGCUAUUCAACCAGAAGUUGACGAUGCACUCUCUAAAAUACAGAAAUGCAAUUUUACUGCAAGUAAUAAAGGAAAAAAUAAAGACUCCCUGAGCAGCCUUCCACUGGAACUUUUACAGUAUAUUGCUGGCUUCUUGGACAACUUCAGCUUGUCUCAGCUGUCCCAAGUGUCUGUACUGAUGAGGGAUAUCUGUGCCACUCUCCUUCAAGAGAGAGGGAUGGUCUUCCUGCUGUGGGAAAAAAAAAGAUAUUCCCAUGGAGGCACAUCAUGGAGAGCUCGCAAAAAGAUCUGGCAGUUUAGCAGCCUGUUCGCCCCUGUUAACAACUGGCAGUUCAGUGACAUUCCCUCCAUGUCAGAACACCUGAAGAUCUGUCCGUUCUAUGAUGUGGAGCAUAAGAAGGACCCAUUCUUGCUGGUCAGCAUGAGUGGACCCCAAAAGCAGGCUCAAAAUCGCUUGGUCUCAACCUUCAAGCAUAGAUCCUGAAUACAUCUCCCAGGUCACUCAGGGAGUAUUGGGAUCUGGGUUGGAGAGAUUAUUAUGUAGGCACUCCACAAGACAAUUCCCUUUGGAAACUCAAAAAUCAACCUUUUGCUGAUCUGUUUGGAAUAUGGUGAAUCAUUUUCUUUCAGUAUUUUAGCAAUGCUAAAAAUGAAUUACUUCAUUCAGCUGAGGGCUAAUAUCACAAGUUUUCUAUUUUUGUGUUUCAUGCCUGCUCAUUAGUAGAGCCACCUGGAAAAAGCAAUGAGAGGAAUACUGGGUUAUAGCACCCAGCUUGGCAGUCUAGAAGUCAGAGAACAGCUAUCGUCCCCGUGCUUUUUCCCUAAGGGAGGAAAGAGCAGGUUUAGUGCCUAGUUUGGGUAGAUCUAAUCCUCGUAGAAUCAUCAAAAACUACUAGCACACGGAGAAAUUGCUGGAGUGUGAGCAUGCUAGAUCACUUCAGUACUGACAGAUGUAGAGACAGCAAGGAGAGCUGAGUGCAUAAGCACAGGAGAGCAAGUUCAAACUGGUGGAUGAGUUACAGCAGUUAGAUGGGAGUUGAGCCCACGAAAGCUCAUGAUACUCUCUAUAUGUUUUAAACUUAAAAACAACAAAUGGUCUGGUAG